AUGAGCGUCUCCAUUUAUAUGCUGGCCCAACUACUCAAACUCCGGCCCGGCUGGGAUGCCAGCGGUCCAGAAGGGAUUGGUCAAUCUGUGCUCAAGACGGCCUCUUGCUUGGGGGCCUUGCAGUGCUUUCAGCAGACUUGGACAGCCCUUGGAAGUGUGUGGCUUUACGGCAAUUAUACGGACAGACAGUCUGAUCAGGUCUAA